AUGAGCGUCUUCGGCAGUGAGAUCGUGAUCGCCGGUGGGGGAAUUUGCGGGCUCGCCACUGCUCUUGCCUUGCGUAGGUAGCUAGCUAAUCUCUCUCAAAUCUUCCCUUAGGAACCACUAUCAAUAUCUUACUAGUAGUUGUCAUCACUUUCUAUGUUUUUAAUUUCAAUCAAUUUAUGAAAAGUCAUCAAAAAUUAUCUUCAAUUUGUUUCCAUCGGUCUUGUGAGUAAAAUAAUUACUCUACUAAUGUUUAGAGUUAGCAAAUAAUUUUUGACUUAAUUUUUGUAAGAAUAAAUAUGCAAUCACAAGCUCACAAUGAUAGUGGACACUCAAUUUCUAAAUAUUAGUGAGAAUAGAUAUCAAAGAAAUUACCAAACUAGUAGGAAUCCUGAUGAGAAGAAGAAUUUCAUCAAACAACUAUAAUAUUCGUCUCAACACUUUUAAGGUAGCUCAUAUAGAGAGUUAGUUCUAAUUAUAAAAACAUAGAAAAGGUAACCAACCUCCCAAAAGAAGGCAUCUCAACCUAAGUGUAGGCAAGUCUAUACAUUUUAGAGGUGAUGGUCUUAACCAUCCUCAUUUCCUACUCUCUCUUCCUACAUGACCCCCAAAUAUGUCAAAAAAGAGAUGAGGUGACAAUUAUGUCAUCAUCAUUUACUCCUUACACAUCAUCUAAAUGGGUUAGACAUGAGACGGCUCCUAUAUGACAUCGCCAACACACUAGACCUUGACAGUCAUCAUUGUUACUCUUAGAAUGAACAUUCAUCUAUAUUAUAAAUUCUUCAUCUUCUGUAAGUUACAUAUAAUAUGAAUGAAAUUCAAAUAAUGUUUAAACUUCUUCACUAUGACGACCUUCAUCAAUAUAUUCAUGACAUUCUUUUUUAUGUGAACCUUCAAGAUAUUAUAAUACUCUAUAUUAAUAUACUUCAAUCAUGUAUACUAGACUUAAUUUUUUGCUAUGUAUUCUACCUCAAUUGUAAAUAAUAUAAUAGUAGUAUAAAGUGUAAACUUUCAACUCACAAGACCACCAGUCAUAGUAAAAACAUAUCUCAUAGUACAUGAAUAAUCUAAAUUUUUAGUAAAAAUCUGCAUUAACAAAACUAAUAGUAAAAAGAUAAUUUUACUAAUCAAGACAGAUUUCAAAAUCUAAAGAACCUUUUAAAUGUUGAAGAAUCUACUUCAUUAUGUUGUAAUAUUUAUUUUGUAGAUUACUCAUAAAUCUGCUCACAAGCCUAAUUAUAUGAAUAAUAUAUGAUCUUAUACAUACCAUAGCAUAAAUUAGGGAGCUAACCACACGAGUAUAAAAAAUUUGUUUCAUCUUAGCAUUAUGUUCUUUAGAUGUCACAUACUGAGUAGUAGAUAAUAUGAAAUAAUUACCUAAAGAAGUGCCUAUUGUUUUAACAUUACUCUUAUCAAACAGAUACAUUAACUUCGAUAGAUAACUUUUCUAUCUCAACUAUAAUUGACUUAACUCUCAAUCUCUAUCAAUCUCCAUAUCAAAAAAAUUCUUUAUCAUACUAAGAUUCUUUAUGUCAAAUUUUUUACUUAAUAGUGCUUUCAAACAAGAUUUUUUACUCCGUCCCCCUCUUCUAAAUGGAUCAGACAAGAGAAGGCCCCUCACACAUCUCCUCAAUGAGUUAGACGUGAUGGUUUGACAUUGCUAACAUUCUGCAAAAAUGAUUAGGAAGGGUGUCGAUAGCGUCGUUCUUGAAAGAUCAUCUACACUUCGGGCGGAUGGCGGAGGAAUCGUCAUCUACAGCAAUGGCUGGCGUGUGCUGGAUCAGCUUGGUGUUGGUGCGGAGCUGCGUUGCAAAUCCAUCAUCAUGCCGGUGUAUGCAGUGAAGUUCUCUCAACUAUUUUCCCUUUCUGAUAUGGUGACAAGCCUCUUUAUGGACAUCUUCUUGGUACUCAGGAUGGAAGACAUAUUCCUAGGCACCGGGGUGCGACGUGAGACAGUAUGCGGGUAACUUCAGUGCUUUUUCGUAGUUUUAUGUCCUUCCAAUCUUUGAAAAUCCGAACUUGGUGUAUAUUUAUGCUGAGCAAAACAAAGAGGAUGAAUCAAAGGGCGAAUUUACAGGGAUGCAGGUGUUUUGUAGGAGAUAUUGCGUUCAAUAGUGGGUAGAUCAUAUCUCGACCGGUAUUAGUAGUCUCUUGUUUUUGUUCUUGCGAAGAUCGUAAUUUUCUUUUUCCUUCGUCUGGGUUGGCUAGAAAAAAUGAGUUCCGCUGCUUGAGAAGGAGUGAUCUGGUUGAGGCUUUGGCGAGAGGCUUGCCAGAAGAGUGUAUCCGUUUUGGAUGUCAAAUCGUAGCUGUUGAAGAAGAUGGCGUGACCUUAUUUCCGAUAGUUCAUCUCCAAGAUGGAAGCACCAUUAAUGCCAAGGUAAUCAGACGAACACUAACGUUCCUCGGUAUUGAUCUAAUCUGUUCGAAGGAUCAACCUCAUUAUGCAGUAUUUCUUUCACAUUUAGCUUCCGUGAGAUAUCUGGAACUCACUGAACAAAUAAAUCAUGCCGCUUUAUUUCACUUUUAUUCUUGUAAAGAUGAACUAAUUCGGUGGGUUUUUUUUUUUGGGUAGAUAAUCAAUUAUCCUGCUCGUUUUAUUUUUGCCCUUUUCUCCUCUUAGCUGGUCCGUCUUUCCACGGCACAACGCAGGUCCUCAUUGGCUGCGACGGAGCAAACUCCGUUGUUGCCAAGUCGUUGGGGAUGAGGCAGGUGACACCGUCCACUCUGUGGACGAUAAGGGGUUUUACUGACAGCCCUAAUGGCCACAGACAUGGGAGAGCUUUCGUUCGUCUUCUAGGUGGCGAUGUCACCUUUGGGAUGAUGCCCAUUGAGGACACUUUCAUGCACUGGUUUCUCUCUUUCCGAUGGGUUUCAGAAGGUAACGCCCCUCCCUCUCAAAUCCUCCGCAGAUUCAGUUCCGAGAUUUCGGAAUUCUUUCGUAGAUUAUCAUCUAUCUAUUCAAUGAUCUGACGUAAUCGAUAAUUACCUUAAUUUUCGAAGCACCUAAAUGAAAAAGAAAAAAGAAAAAAGAAAAAAAGAGAGAGUCAAACCAGCUUCAUCCCCCACUCCCUCAGCUUGUUUUCCUGAGAUAGAACUAAUAUCUUCGUGAAUUCCGUAUGUCAAUCUUAGCUUUAAUGUAAUCAGAUCCAGAGAUUAAUUAUCUUGAGCGGGCCCAUUUCCAUGUUCCCGGUUGGUCGAUAGAUAGCAAGGGGGAGAAGACUCCGGAAGAGCUGAGGGAGUGGGGGAUGAAGCUGGUGGAGGGCUUCCCCCCGGAGGCGUCGGAGCUGGUGAAGGAGAGCGACCUCGGUUCUCUGAUCCUCACCCAGAUCAAAUACCGGCCCCCCUGGGAGCUCCUCCUCGGCACCUCCCGGAGGGGGACGAUGACGAUCGCCGGCGACGCCUUGCACGUGAUGGGUCCCUUCAUCGGCCAGGGAGGCUCCUGCGGUCUGGAGGACGCCGUCGUGCUCGCCAGGAACCUCGCCGGGGCCGUCGACGAAGGCCAGGCAAGCGAUCACCCCCACCGCCACGGUCGUCUUCUUCCUCUGCAGAGGAGGAGGAUCGAGGUCGCCCUAGACGGCUAUGUUAGAGAGAGAAAGCUGAGGGUACUGAGGCUGUCCACGCAGACUUACCUCGUGGGUCUGAUGAUCUACCACCCUGCCAAGGCCGUGAAGCUGAUGGUUAUCCUCGUCCUGCUCGCCUUCUUCGGCGGGACCUCCCUUGACCAUGUCGCAUACGACUGUGGCCUGCUCUAG